AUGGUUUCGUUAAAAUUUUUCACACUAAUUGUUACCUUAACGUUAAGUUGCGACCUGGCAGCCAAUGAACGUGUCAAAGUUGAAAAUAUGCAAGUCAAACGUGUAGGCGGCAGUGGAGACUUGGUUAUAGAAGUAUUCUUUAUCAUAGACAACUCUAUCUACAACAAAUGGAUGGGUUACUAUGACAACAACAAAGACAAAACUAUCGACAUGCUUCGCUACCACUUUGCACAUUUGGCUGAUGGGGUUGACCAGAAAUACAGAACAAUUGAUGACAGGCAGCACACGUAUUCGAUCAAACUUAUUGGCUUCUACAUAGCCGAUACUCCCAACAAAGUGCCAUUCAUAGAGAAUAACAAAAUCAACGAUGAAACUUUAAACAUGAAUGCAGCCUUAGAAAGCUUGUUGAUAUGGGUGAAGGAUAACGUGAAGACAUCUGAUAAUCCAAAUAAAAUUAUUCCAGUUUUUGACAUGGCUGUUUUAUUUACCAGUUACGAGACAAACAACUUCAUUAAUGGCAUAGCCUACAGGGGUACUGUAUGUUCUACUCGUGCUGCGGCCGUUGUCAAGGAUUACUACAUAAUGACUGCUGUAUACGAGGCUUAUGCGAAAAAUAACAACUACCAUACAUUCUCACCAUGCACCAGAUUCAACUUUGAAAAUCAUACCAAAUAUUUGGACCAAACAGGACAAAACUGCAUGUCAAAAUCAAACAUGAGCAGGAAAGCUGAAGAUACGUCGGGAUAUCUGAAAGAGGCAAUGGGAUUGAAGUACAGUCCAGAUUUUCAUUGCGAGAUGAGAUUAGGGAAAGGGCACAAAUUUUGCACUCCUGGCGUUUCUGGUCAUGCUGAUAUGUGCCGCGAAGUUUACUGCUUCGAUCCGCAGACAAAGGGUUGUGCUCCCAUCGGCCCUGCCUUCGCAGGCUCUUCCUGUGGAGACAAAAUGUGGUGCAUGGAUAAAAAGUGUGUUCAAGAUGACAGGGCUCCUGCUGUUACAGAUGCAAAAAAUAAUUUAGACCCGUGCAUAUAUGGAGACGCACCGAACUUGUUCCAUGAAAGUGACUACUCGUAUACAUGCGAAGAAGUUGCACUAGAUAAAAGGAAGUGGUGCCCCAUUGCCAAGAACAACUGUUGCAAAACGUGCAAAGGAUUCUAA